AUGGCUGCUGUAGGAGACAAGAUUGCUGCCUGGUGUGUGCAGAUUGAUCUCAUUGUGCCUUUGACCAUGGUUAAAGACCAAAUUCUCAAGGAUGUGAUUAAUGAUCGAAUCCUUCUGACUAGAAUAUUUCAUCCUAAAGGCAUUAUUGUGCCUGAUCCAAUUCAGUCAAUUUGUACGAGAUGGGGAAGCGAUCCCCUUUCUUAUGGGUCAUAUUCUCAUGUUAGUGUCCAUUCAUCUGGUGAUGAUUAUGAUAUACUAGCUGAAAACGUGGGAAACAGGCUGUUCUUUGCUGGUGAGGCUACAAGCAGACAAUAUCCAGCAACUAUGCAUGGUGCCUUCUUGAGUGGCUUGAGGGAAGCUUCACGCAUUUACAGAUCUUCCCGGCUGCAAAACAAUCCUAGGAAAUAUAUGCCAAAGAGUAUUGGACUAAACCAUGAUGUAUUGGUUGAAUUAUUCAAGAGACCUGAUUUUGAAUGUGGAAAAUUUGCUUUCAUUUUUUAUCCUUCAUCAGAAAGUCUACCAUCAAUGGGCCUUCUACAAGUCACUUUUGGUAAUGCUGAAGAAGGUUAUGAGGAGCUGUUAAUAAGUUAUCCGAAUACGACUAAGUGGCCAUUACAGUUGUACACUGUACUAUCCCGUGAACAAGCGCAGCAGCUACAACUAGUUGAGGGAGGGGAUGAAAGCAGACUAUCAUUUUUGGUUAAAAACCUUGGCCUCAAGCUCAUGGGACCAAGUGCCUUGUUUACAACAGGUAACACAUUAGUAGCUAACAUUGCUUAUUCGCGAAAAGGGCGGGGGAGGAACCGCUUAAUUACUUGUUAA